UCCCAGAGUGCAUAGGUACCCGCAGUGUUAAGAGGUGAGUUCCUGCUGCACUGAGCUUGGCAUUUUGAACGACGUGUAUUAUAUACACUGCAUUUUUUUACAGUAGCUCCUCAGUGCAGAACAUAAAGUGACGUGAUUCAGAAACGGGAGAUGGAUAAAUAUGAAGUUGUCAGAAUGAUUGGCGAAGGAGCUUUUGGAAAAGCUUUCCUAGUGAAAGCCAAAGAGAACAACGGUCAGUGUGUCAUAAAGGAGAUCAACUUCGCCAGGAUGCCUGUUAAAGAAAAGGAGGCUUCUCGCAAGGAAGUGACACUGCUGUCCAGGAUGAAACACCCAAACGUGGUCACCUUUUUAAAUUCAUUUGAAGAGAAAAUGAAGCUGUACAUAGUAAUGGAGUACUGUGAUGGGGGUGAUCUAAUGAAGAGGAUCAGCAUGCAGAGAGGGCUCCUGUUUGCAGAGGCUCAGAUUUUAGAUUGGUUUGUGCAGAUCUGCAUGGGAUUGAAACAUAUCCACGACAGAAAAGUCUUGCAUAGAGACAUCAAAGCUCAGAACAUAUUUAUAGCCAACAAUGGAAUGAAAGUAAAACUUGGAGACUUUGGAAUUGCAAGAAUGUUAAACAACACAACGGAGCUGGCACGCACGUGUGUUGGCACACCAUACUAUUUAUCUCCCGAGAUCUGUGAGAAUAGACCAUACAACAAUAAAACGGAUAUUUGGUCUCUGGGCUGUGUGCUGUAUGAACUCUGCACUCUGAAGCAUCCAUUCGAAGGCAGUAACCUACGGCAGUUAGUGGUGAAGAUCUGCAGGGGACACUUUGUUCCAGUUGCUCCGAGAUAUUCCUACGAUCUGCGCAUUUUAGUGACACAGCUGUUCAAAAUCAGCCCCCGGGAUCGCCCAUCGGUUAACUCUAUUCUGAAGAAACCCUUCUUGGAAAAGCUCAUAGCCAAGCAUUUAAGUCCUGAGCUGAUAAAAGAGGAAUUUAGUCACACUGUCCUGCACAGGAAGAAGCCCUCAGCAUCAAAGCCUGUUGGACAUGUUUCAGCACAGGCACAAGAAGCAAAGGUUCUGAAGUCCCGGGAACAUCGAUCAAAGGCAAGGACCCCAGAGAAGCAACACCCACAGCCUGAGUGGAAAUCCCCUGCCAGGAACUACCAACCAGAACACAAACUUGUGUACCCUAAACCAGUGUUAGUGGAAAGGCCUAUGCCCCGCCAGUGUGGCCAGUAUGGGCACUACCAUGCACAGCUCGACCUCAUUCAGCAGAGGCUUCCUCCACAGACCCCUCACUGUAACCAGAGAGCAGAUGAUUACUACAGAGACAGGCUGCACAGUCCUCAGGCUCACCAGAGACCUGAUGUCAUACACGACGAAUACCUGCAAAGAAGACAAGAAGCGAAUCAGUACAAAAUUAAAGUAGAAAAGCAGCUGGGGCUGCGUCCAUCUACAGGAGAUGCUUACCACCACUACAGGGGUCAAGUGCAGGAGCAGCGGGUAGAAUCUCCAGGAGAAGCCCAGAGACAGCAAGCUAGGAAACCAGGCUCUGAAGAGGUGUACCUGAAACAGCUCAAAGAAAUACGUCAGCAGUAUCACAAUGAUAUAAAGGACAUUAAAGUCAAAGCAGGAGAGGUUCAGCCCCCGGUGAAUGUUGAGACAUACCUAGUGAAACAAGGGAAACCAAGUGAUCUGCCUGUCAGAGCCCAAGUUACACAAGAGAGAAAGGAACCAGUCCAGGACAAUGACGAACGUCUUAGACAAAUCAUGUUUGAAAAUCGACAAGAAAGAAAAGCACUAGAGAAAAAAUAUAAAGCAAAGAAAGGUGUAAUGUUUGAGGUUCCAUUGGAAGAAGACCCAAAGCAAGAGGAAGAGGAAAUGGAUAUCUUGAACCAAACCCUGACCUUUCAUGAUGGAGACAACCUAAAACAAAGAGACUGGAAGAAUGUCAGCAUACAGGGCUGUUUAGACAUGAUAGCAGGCGACAAGGCAGCACCACAGAAAGAGCCCUGCCGCACAGAUGUAAAUCUGGUGGACAGAAGCAGCCUGGAAAACAGGAGACAGUGGAAUCAAGGACCCCCACAGACACUGCUCAAUGCCAUUGCUGCCAUAGAAGUGACCUCAGUCUAUCCUAGUAUGACUGGGGAUGUGCUUGGACAUGCAGCUUCAGUGGAUGAAGCCGCUGCAGAGAACAGGAAGCAAUGGGGAGCAGACCCACCUGCAACGUUGCUCAACGCAUUGGCAAACGCUGAACUGGUCUUAGGCACACUGACUGACGAUCAACGAGCAACCUUUAAAUCGUGGAGCCCAAAAGAAGAUGAUGAGGUAGCCUCUGAUAUAGACGUGGAUGACGAGCGACUGGAGCCCAGAUCAGACGACGAUGACACGAACUUUGAAGACUCGGAAGACGAGCUGAAUAAGGAAGUUGCCGAGUCCAUGAAGAGCUUUAUGAGCCCCGCGGAGGGAGAAGAGCAAGCGGAGGAAACGAAGGAGAUCCCGCCAGCUGUUCCUGAAGAAGAGGAGGAGCAGAAGGCUUCCAUUGAAGGGGACACGCUCACAGAAAAACAGCACCAGCCACAUUAAUGAUUCUGCACCUGCAACUGGACUUGAGGGCAGAAAGUUACAUUGCAGAAUCUAGCUCCAUGCUCUUCAAUAGAAAGUGGAUUUCACAAUCAUACAUACAAGUAAGGUAAUUGUACCAUAGUACUUAGAAAGGGAUAAACAGGUCAAAGUGUUGAACUGGUAAAAGUAAUUCAGUGCCGUUUAUUUUCUUACUGAUUCAACUUUGAGUUGUUUAUGCCACUUAAAACAUUUCUUGUUCGAUAAUGAGAUUCAAUUGAUUGUUCAUUUGGUAAUUGGAUUUGGUUUUUGCUCUUUUGUUUUGCUUCAGUUAAAAUGUUUGUCUCUCACAUUGGGAAUGUCAUAAGUUCCUCUGAGUUACUUACACAGAAAUAAUUGUCUAUUGUAAGUGAAGGUAAUAUAGUGAGGACUAUGCUUUAGAUGUACAACAUGAAACUGGCAUUCAAAAAAGAAAAAAUGCAAAAAAACAAAGGAAUGUAACCAGCAAUGGAAAGUAAAGUUAUCGAUCGUUUUGCCAAACCUAAAACAGACAAAGACCUAAAUAUCAUUGCCAGCAAUCAUUUUUUGUAAAGCACUCAGGCAAAAUGUAAGGGAGGAUGUUUAUGUGGAAGUGAAUUUGUAAUUAUGAAAACUUUUUUUUUUUUUACAUUAUGUUAGUGCAUAAUUACAUUACUUUUAUUUAAUAAUAUGAAAUUCUAAACUGGAAUCAUAAGCCCUUUUCUAAAUGUUACAUUUGAAAUGUGUAAUACUGUAAUUAAUUGUUGAUUGUUGUGUAAUAAAAUGGUAUUCGCGUUUCUGUUGAA